UGGGGCGGGUCUGCGUUGGCACACGGGGACAGCGAGGCUGCGCUCCGGCGAGCACGGGCAUCCUCACGCUGAGGCGCGGGACGUGACUCAGGGAACGCACAAGCUUCUUCACCAUGGGAGCAGUAGUAGCUGAUGAUGGUCCAUCAGGUGUUAAAGCCCCUGAUGGAGGCUGGGGCUGGGCUGUCCUUUUUGGCUGUUUUAUCAUCACAGGAUUCUCCUAUGCCUUUCCUAAGGCAGUCAGUGUCUUCUUUAAAGAACUUAUCCGGGAAUUUGGCAUUGGAUAUAGUGACACUGCAUGGAUUUCUUCCAUUCUGUUGGCCAUGCUUUACGGAACAGGUCCACUUUGUAGUGUAUGUGUCAAUCGCUUUGGCUGCCGCCCUGUCAUGCUGGUGGGUGGCCUUUUCGCCUCCAUGGGGAUGGUGAUAGCUUCCUUCUGCACAAGCAUUGUCCAGAUCUACCUAACUGCAGGUGUGAUUACUGGUUUGGGUUUGGCACUAAACUUUCAGCCUUCACUCAUCAUGUUAAACCGCUACUUUGACAAACGCCGGCCCUUAGCCAACGGGCUCUCUGCUGCUGGGAGUCCAGUGUUUCUUUGUGCUCUCUCACCCUUGGGGCAGAUACUACAACAUGAGUAUGGUUGGAGAGGAGGAUUCCUUAUCCUGGGUGGGAUGCUGCUCAACUGCUGUGUAUGCGGAGCACUAAUGAGACCUUUGGAGCCACCCAAAAAGGCUGAAGCCACCAAAGAGCCAGCUGAGAAGAAAGUGAAGAAAAAACUUCUGGAUUUCAGUGUGUUUAAAGACGGCGGUUUUGUAAUCUAUACUCUAGCAGCGUCUAUCAUGGUGCUCGGCCUCUUUGUUCCCCCAGUGUUUGUUGUGAGUUAUGCCAAGGAUUUAGGGUAUCAAGACACCAAAGCAGCUUUUCUUCUGACUAUUCUGGGAUUCAUCGAUAUCUUUGCUCGCCCAAUCUGUGGAAUGGUAGCUGGUCUUAAAUGGGUUAGACCACGCUGUGUCUACCUCUUCAGUUUUGCUAUGAUUUUUAAUGGCUUUACAGAUCUCAUGGGUUCUAUGUCUGUUGAUUAUGGUGGACUGGUGGUCUUUUGCAUUUUCUUUGGCAUUUCUUAUGGAAUGGUAGGUGCUCUUCAGUUUGAAGUUCUCAUGGCUAUUGUCGGUACGCAGAAGUUUUCCAGUGCUAUUGGUUUAGUGCUCCUGGCAGAAGCUAUGGCUGUUCUGAUCGGUCCACCAUCAGCAGGAAAACUCCUGGAUGCAACGGAGAGGUACAUGUUUGUUUUCAUUAUUGCUGGAAUUGAAGUUACCACCUCAGCCCUUGUAUUGGCCUUGGGAAAUUUCUUCUGCAUUAAGAAAAAAUCAGAAGAACCACAUACAAAAGAAGAAGCAGCAGAAAGAGAAGAAUUAAACAAAUCUGAAAACAAAACUCCUGAAGAUGCCAAGGUGGACUCCAUUGAAGUGGAGCAGUUUCUGAAAGAUGAACCUGAAAAAAAUGGUGAAGUUGUAACUAACCCAGAAACAUGUGUGUGAGCAUGACAAGGAACUGAGAAGUGUUCAGAAAAUAAAGAUUUUCAAUACUAUUUAUUUUAGAAACAGAAGUAGUUUAGGCCAUCUGCUUUAUAACUGGGGGGGGCUAGUCAGCUCACCAGGUCUCUUUGGAAGCUGAUUAGCUAGACAACAUCUUACUGGAAAAUUAGCUCUAUCGGUAAAAGGUGGAACACUGUGGUUAUACAUUUUAUGUAAACUAAAAAGCUCUUAUGAACACAAGUAGGCUCUUGCUAUGCAUCACCAGAAACUGCUCACUUGGAAGAUACAGGAAAAGCAUAUUUAAGAAAAGUGGAAUUAUAUGUAUGUUUCCAGACAAUAUUGAUGAAAUUGCUGUGUUGUGUGGCUAAACAUAAUUUCCCUAUAUUCUCUGUGAAAGGAAGAGAAUCUGAGAUGGAAAAAAAUCUCAGGAACUUAAAGAUCUCCAUUAGAUUUUCGAAUUUCUUACCUUUUUAGAUUUUUUAGAUUAAUUGUCUCAGCCCUAAUUUAAUUUUGAUAAUAUCUGUAACUUUGAUUUAUGUAAAUGCAUUUCUGCCUAAACCUGUAACCUUUGCAAUUAUCAUCUGGAAAUCCUGUUUUUGGAAAGGCACAUUACAGGUAGUGUCCUCAGCAGAUCACACAAGUGGCAUUCCAAGGUAGUACUAAAAGAAAAAAAAAGAGCAGAAUGGAUCCUGACAGACCGUAAACAAACAAAACCCACAAUUCCAUACCCUGUUUUCUGUAAAAUUUCCCUAAAGCACUGAAAAGUAUUACAAGUAAAAUGGAGAAGAUGAUUAUUCGGGUUUAGUAGAAUAUUCUGAAAAAGUGUACAUUUUGCAUUUAAAAGAAAUGGUGCAAGUUUCCAGAUGACCUACAGAGUGGGUAGACUUAGGGAAGACACUGAACUAUUUUGAAACAUGUUAGUCAUCCAUAAAAUGCAAUGUUAGCAUCAGGAGAAAGUUUUAACAUGCUUGGUUUUGAGGUUUUUUUUCUACCCCAUUUAUACCACUUCCCUACCCUCUGGCUUAAUCUAUGGAUGUUCAAAGUGCCAUUCUUGCUGUUGGAGGAAUCAUGAUAGAACACGCUAUAUCAUUUUUAUGAUGGCACAAUACUGAAUAGAAAAGCAAGGCAAAAGAAAGGCAUUCUAUUUUUUUCCCACCCAAUCCCACUAAAGAAAUGUCAUUUUUUAAAAUAUAAAAUUAUGCUACUGCACCCCACCUCUCAAAUCUGCCUUUAAAAAGCUGUCUAGGCUUUGUAAGUGCUGUAACAAUCUUCAAAACAGGCUAACUGUAACAGAUUCCAUUUUCUUAGUAGUAGCAAAGGAAUAUUGGCUUUCAGGUGCCAAAAUUUUUCCACUUAAUUACUGAAAACUGAAGACCCUAGUCCCUUAAAACUCAGUAUCCCCUUUAAAUUUUUAACAGAAACAAUGUGCCAAAAGCAUGAGCCACUCUCUAAUGAAUCAUCUCAGAUACCAGCUUCCAUUUGGAAGUUUUUUCAAAAUGGUUUUGCAUUGUUAUAACAACCUUACACAGAAAUUGAAAAGUUAGAAUCAUAACUUUUAAAAGAAAUAGAUGCUGCAUAAAAUAAACUGGUUUUAUAUCCUA